ACCAGCUGCCACCCCGAAUCAAGCUGGUCACAUUUUCUCUCUCUUUCCUUCCUUGUUUAAAACCCGUUUUCAUUAUUCACAAAAACCCACAUGCUCUCUGGAUUCCUCUUCUUCCCAGGAAUCUAGAGAAUACAAAAAUGGCAUCUUUCAUGAAUUCGAUACUCUCCAGCCUCCUAUUAAUGUCAUUCCUCUGUUCUCUCUCUGUUUCCGGUCAAACAGCUUCACCACCGAUCUCAACUCCAACUCCGGCGCCGGCUCCGGCCCCAGGAUUCGUCAACCUAACAGAUUUACUCACAGUUGCAGGCCCAUUUCACACAUUCCUAAACUAUCUCAUAACCAAUAAAGUAAUCGACACUUUCCAAAACCAAGCCAACAAUACCGAAGAAGGAAUCACCAUCUUUGUCCCAAAAGAUGAUGCUUUCUCUUCUCUCAAGAACCCAUCUUUAUCAAACCUAACCCAACAACAGCUGAAAUCUCUAUUCCUUUUCCACGCCUUGCCACAUUACUACAGCUUAUCGGAUUUCAAGAACUUAAGUCAGAUGGGUCCCGUUCCAACGUUCGCCGGCGGAGAUUACACUUUGAAUUUUUCUGAUACGUCAGGGACCGUACGAUUGAACUCGGGAUGGUCGAUUACUAAGGUUAGUAGUAGCGUUUAUUCAACGGAUCCAAUUGCGGUUUAUCAAGUUGAUAAGGUGCUUCUUCCUGUUGCGAUUUUUGGGACUGAUAUUCCUCCGGCGGCUGCUCCGGCUCCGGUGCCUGAUAUAGCUCCGGCAGCUGAUGUUCCCGGUGGGAAAGAUAAUGGGUCGUCGCCGACGUCAUCUCCCGGGUCAUCAUCGGAGAGUAUUUACGGCGGGUUGAGUGUUUGGUUGGCGAUUGCUAGUGGGGUGGUGGGUCUCUAUUUUUGAGGAGGAUUGAUUUUAAUUAGCUAUUGUUUCAAUGUUAAAAAAGACACAUUUUGGAUUGUAUAAUUAUAAUAAUAAUAAUAAUUAUUAUUAUUAUUGAUGUUGCUUGAUUUAAAAGGUAUACGAGAAUGUCUUAAAUAAUAAUCUUUCUUGUAA